CCUUCUACAGUAUUUAGUAUAGUUAGUCUUGCUAUUCUAAGGAUUUUGUGAUUAAUUAAACAAUAGGCACUAAAUAAUAUUUACUUGAAAUUUUAAAUUCUUUGUAAUGUGUAUUAUUACUAACUUAUGACUACUGUACAAUAAAUACAGUCGUUUAUGUCGUGCCAAUGCCAUGUAUUUAUUGGAUAAAGCUUGAAUGAUAAUUAGUCUGUAUAUAAUCAUUUUUUAACAUGAAGAUAUCACGGAAAUCUGCAUAAAUUUUAUAAUAACAUGAGCCACCACAAAUUUUGGAGAGGCAUCGAAGAAUUGAAGGUUUCCUCGACUCUGGAUGUCCCCGAAAAAAUUGUGAAACUUUGUUCCCUUGGCGUAGACUUUAUUGCUCUAGGGAAUGACCAUGGCCUCUAUUAUUGUAAUAUUGAAGAAGAUAUUAUAAAUUUUAAAAGAGAGAAUGGUAUAACUGCAAUUGACAUAUCCUAUCACAAUGAUAUCUUGUAUAUUAUUAAUGAACAUGGAAGACUUUAUAAAACAAACACAAAUUUUAAGAAUAAAGAAGAAGUAGUUGUGAAAGAAGAAUCAAAGUGUUGUCCACAUGGUUUUAAAAGUAGUAGUUCUAAAGUAAAGUUUAGAAAUGUUGUGUCUAGUGGCUUUGGCCAACUCUUUAUAAGUAGUGAUGGGCAUCUCUGGGGUUCAGGGGACAUGCCACAAAUUGGCUUAGAAUCAAUUAGUAUUAAGAAAGUUCCAUUUUUUGAGGGGAGAACAGUUUAUAGUGCAUCAAUAGGAGAUAACUUUGCAGCUGUUAUAGCACGUAAAGAUGUAAGGCAAUCAGGGAAUUGUGAUACAGACAGUGAUAAUGAUGAUGAAGAGGUAUUUGCCUCAAAUUGUUCUCAAUGUCAAACUAUUAUUGGCCUAGCUUCCCCUGCCUCUGUGCCGUCUCUCUCUGAAACAUGUCCAUUAGGAGUUCAUAUAAGUAAAUCUAGUGAAGAUUCAAGUAGUACAACUGCUCCUCAAACUGAUGUACACAUAGAUGCUCAAAGUUUUACUGAAGAUUCUAGUCCUUCCUCUGAGGAAUCAAAAAUUAUCAAAAAAGAUUUGCCUAUCCAAGUUAAUAACAACUUAGAAUUAGAUAGUAUUUCAAAACACAAUGAAAAUGAGGCUAAUAUUACAGAUGGUAAUGAAUCUUUAGAUGCAAGCACAGAGAAAAUAAACAAUAUUUUUAUCAACACAGAUGCAGCUAGACAAUUUCUUAGUAGGCAGCUAUCGUGGGUUUCUGCCGGAGAAGAUUACUUAGUAGAAUAUACAGAGAAGCCAACAAGAAUAAUAAAAGAGAAUGUUACAAAUAUUACUAAUUUUGUUUACGAAGGAGUUAAAACUGUUGGUGAUAAAGUUGCAACAUUAUCAAGGCAUGUCAGUGGUAGCAGUGACAAUAAUGAAACAGUGGAUAUUCAACAUACUAAUUGCAAUGAUGACAUGAUAAGUUCACUGCUAUAUAGUUGUAAUUCUGCAACAAAAUCUGAUGAUUUGCAAUUUUCAACUAGCACAAUUAAUAGUGAAAAGGAAUUUGAAGUGGCAAAAAAAGAUGAAGAAAAAUAUGUCCAAACUUGGAAAAAAUAUUUUAGCCACCGAACUUUGGACAUGGGGUGACAUAACCCAUGGACAGUUAGGUAUAGGUGACACAGUUAAAAGAGUGAAGCCCAUGGCUGUAAUGAGUCUAUCUGGUUUUGGUCUACAGAAAGUUUCUUGUGGUAAUUUG